AUGGCCCGCAGCCAGAAGCCUGAGCGCCCGCACCGCCCUCGGUCCAGCAGCCGGCCGCACAGCAGCGCUCUACGUCAUCGCUGCGCGCCCGACAGCGGCGCCUUCCCGCUCCCUAACCCUGACGCCAGAGCGGCGCCGGCCUUAGCGGCUGAGGAGAGCGGGAGGAGGUUGCGGCGGCGGGAAGAUGACCACAUCAUGGAGAUAUUCUCCACCUACGGGAAAAUUAAAAUGAUUGACAUGCCUGUGGAAAGGAUGCACCCCCACCUGUCUAAAGGCUACGCGUACGUGGAGUUUGAGAAUCCGGACGAGGCCGAGAAGGCUCUGAAGCACAUGGAUGGAGGACAAAUCGAUGGCCAGGAGAUCACCGCCACCGCUGUGCUGGCCCCAUGGCCGAGGCCACCGCCCAGGAGAUUCAGCCCUCCCAGGAGAAUGCUGCCUCCACCUCCCAUGUGGCGUCGGUCGCCCCCACGGAUGAGAAGAAGGUCACGCUCCCCGAGACGCAGGUCCCCGGUGCGCCGGCGGUCCCGCUCGCCCGGCCGCCGCCGCCACAGGAGCCGGUCCAGCUCCAACUCCUCCCGAUAAGCAGGCCACCGGAGCUCUGCACCCUGGAACUUCUGUCCCGUCCACUUCAGUUCGGUCACUUGUGUAGCGGCAGGAGGAUUGGUAGGAGAGAAAUUCCUCACUCAGGGCAGGCUUCGAAGGCGGCGAUUGAGGCGUUUCCUCUGAAGGCAGAGUUCUAGCUGCAGGAGCGUCAGUGGCUUGGGGUUGUGCCUGUAAAGACGCCCGCCAGGUCUCUGGCUAGAAAGCUCCCACGUUCGCAGUUCCUCAGAGUCCAUUCAGUGGCAAAGCCAGCAGGGACAACGCAGGGCUCCGGGUGGCAGUGCGGCCCCAGCCCGGGGGUGGGGGCUGGGCCAGUGGCCUGGUCGUGCCCAAGCUUGCCGGUCUGCGGGGUCCCUCAGGAAGGGGCCUGCUUUCCGUGCGGCUGCUGAUCCUGCUGGCCUGGCCCUGCUCCCCCUGCUCCGGUCCUCCUCCGAUAUCUACAGUCAGACACCCUGUGUUCAUCACCGGAAAUGGUUGGUUUUACACGUACUCAUGCACACACACCACAUCCCGCGGCUCCCUUUCUCUCUGCACUCGGUGAACAAGUUGAGAGCCAGCUCCACAGGGCCAUCGAGGACCCCCCCCCCCCCUUGUACCUGUCAUUCACUGUGGUCUCGCAGGUUACCGUGGCAAUGUGUACAUUGCUUUUUGGCUUUUAUUGUACAGUCAGUACUAUAAAUUUGUUGUUUUGAGUUUUGUAACUUGUAGCAUUUUAGGCGCUGUUGUGUUUGUACUUUGUUGUGUAGAGUGAAGGGAUUGUGUUGAAUAAACGGGAUUAGACUGCAGACUGAGUACUGGCUUCGCUGCCCCCUUCCUGUCUGUGACCCCAGAAACAGCUUCACUUCUGAAGCUAAAAACUCAGCCACUGAAAACACACGACCGCGUCUUGGUUCAUUUCCGCAGGCACACUUCCAGAGUCUGAGCAGAACAGCCGGUCAGCACGCCGGGGAGUUGGGCAGAUUC